AUGGCAUCCAAACCACCAGGAGUAUUCGAGUUUACUAAGCGCAAGAAGUGGGCAGAUAUUCUUAUUUCUGAAUUAUCGGGAUCUGUCCUUGUCGUGCUCAACAAUGCCGAUAACAUCCUUUGGGCCAGCUCAGCCAUCCUUGAGCUGCUUGGUUGGCGCGAGGAGGAAAUCACCGAACGCCCAUUUAGAGAGUUUCUCCAUGACGACGAUGCUGUACCAUUCGGACAACACCUUAAACAGGCUAUUUCUUCUCGUACUGAGCUCUUUACUUAUUCCCGUUUACGCUCGAAAUUUGCGUCGCCCCGAAGUUCGAAUCAAAACUCCCCUCGCUCCCCAGUCGCCGGCCCGUCAAAGCCUACAAAUUCCCUCGGCUCGUUCCCCCUCUUUGAACUGAGGGGACAUGCAAUCUACUCCAAAGCCUCUGGAUCGGCCUCAGCAGCAUCCGACCCUGGCCCCAGCAGCUCCAGUAUCGACACGAAGCCAAACCCCAAUGCUGAUCCCGAGGCCUCAUGCUUUAUUAUCAUGGCUCGGCCUUACCCCAGCCGUAAUACUACCAUGUUGGACUCCUUCCUCGAACUCAAGAUAGAGAACGAGCGCUUGCGGCAGCAACUUCUGAACCUUCGCACGUCGGGCGGACCUUCCUCCCCUACUCUUUCUUCGCCUGGCUAUCAGAUCGCGCAGAUCGCGCCUGCCGGCUCGCCACAUGGGCAAUCGGCGCCGCUCGCCUCUCCCGUUUACACGACUAAUUCUCUCGCAGGUCUCAAUCUUGUUGGUAAUAACGCCUCGGGCGACGCAGAUGCCGCCUAUCAGCCCAGGAGUAUUCAUGCCAUGCCCCAGCCACCGGCCGCAACCGGCCUAUACUAUCCCGCACAUGCGAAUCGGCUCACAAGUGGAGCUUUUGACACACCACACGCAUCUGCAUCCUAUGGCGGUCCGAACAAUAACACUGGCUCCGCUCCCAUUUCAGGAAGACGUGGCUCCAUCGCUGAGGAAGUCAUAGAAUCUACCGAGGCGGGAAGGACUCGGAAAAAGCCGAAGAAAGCUCACGCGGCACAAGAACAGUAUGUAUGCGUUACGUGCGGGCGCACUGAUAGCCCCGAAUGGCGCAAGGGUCCGUUGGGAGCCAAAACCCUGUGCAACGCGUGUGGCCUACGGUGGGCUAAGCGUAACACUAAGCGCAAGGCUGACGAGGUCGCUGGAAACGAGGGGGGAGGAGGCUAG